AUGCUAGAUUCAAACUUCAACGCUAAACUUGGUGAUUUUGGGUUGGCUAGACUUGUUGACCAUGAAAAAGGGUAUCAAACAACGGUUCUGGUAGGAACAAUGGAGUACAUGGCACCUGAAUGUGCAGUCACAGGCCAAGCUAGUAAAGAAUCAGAUGUGUAUAGUUUUGGGGUAGUAGCACUUGAAAUAGCCUGUGGGAGAAAACCCAUUGAUGUAAGGAUGGAGGAGAGUAAGAUCCGGAUGGUUGAGUGGGUGUGGGAGCUAUAUGGGAGAGGAAGCUUAUCAAAGCUGUGGACCUGA